UAGACUUUCCUUUUUUCAGUGCCUUGCUAUCUUUGUAUGCUUUUGUCAAAACAUUUCCACCAAUAGCACCGGAGAGCAAUAAAUAUCAGAUGACACAGCACAGGACACGGCAGACUCGCAGCUGGCCACUGAAACUGAAACAGAGGACACGAACAGGAAGCUGAACUUCGUGUGGUUAGCCAAGCAGUUUGCUCUGCACUUGUCUGAAUACAGGAAGCUUUAGUGUCAGUCUGAAAACGGUCGCUUUGUCCAGGGAGCCUUUUUCUUUUUGGUUCACACACAAAAAGAAAUUUGUCUCAGGAUGGCCCAGGGAAAGGAGCAGUCCUUCGCCAGCCGUUUAUUUUACAAGUGUCGCAAGAGUAGCCAAGAGCCGAGAGGACCGGAGAGUGAUGUGCCUCAUAUCUCCGAGUUCACCGUCAUGUGGGAUAAGUUGAUGAAAGAGUUCUUAGCUAAAGCCAAAGAAGAUUUUUUAAAGAAAUGGGAGUGUCCAGCACAGAGCACAACUGGCCUGGAUGACUUUGAUAGAUUUAAGACUUUGGGCACAGGCUCAUUUGGGCGAGUUAUGCUCGUCAAACAUAAAGCAACAAACCAGUUCUACGCCAUGAAGAUCUUGGACAAACAGAAAGUGGUUAAGUUGAAGCAGAUAGAACACACGCUAAAUGAAAAAAGAAUACUACAGGCCGUCUCCUUCCCCUUCCUUGUCAGAUUGGAUCACGCUUUUAAGGACAACUCAAACCUCUACAUGGUGAUGGAAUAUGUUCCUGGGGGAGAGAUGUUCUCACACCUCAGACGUAUUGGAAGGUUCAGUGAAAACCAUGCAAGAUUUUAUGCAGCUCAGAUAGUACUCACCUUUGAGUACCUUCACUCCUUAGACCUCAUCUACAGAGACUUGAAGCCUGAAAACCUGCUCAUAGAUCAACAUGGGUACAUCCAGGUCACAGACUUUGGUUUUGCCAAAAGAGUAAAAGGCAGAACCUGGACAUUGUGUGGUACUCCUGAGUACCUGGCUCCAGAGAUCAUCCUCAGCAAGGGCUACAACAAAGCUGUGGACUGGUGGGCACUUGGAGUUCUCAUCUAUGAGAUGGCUGCUGGUUAUCCUCCCUUUUUUGCUGAUCAGCCUAUCCAGAUCUAUGAGAAAAUUGUGUCUGGCAAGGUACGAUUCCCCUCUCACUUUAGCUCCGACCUGAAGGACUUGCUGAGAAAUCUGCUUCAGGUCGACCUGACAAAGAGAUUUGGGAACCUGAAGAAUGGCGUGAAUGACAUCAAAAACCACAAGUGGUUCUCUGCAACAGACUGGAUCGCCGUCUACGAGAGAAAGGUGGAAGCGCCCUUCUUGCCCAAGUGCAGAGGACCAGGAGACACGAGCAACUUUGACGACUACGAAGAGGAAGACAUUCGUGUCUCGCAAACAGAAAAGUGUGCGAAAGAGUUUGCUGAGUUCUAGUGAGUGGUUCCGAAGUCGCAUCAGGGCUUGUGUGUUUUGGGAUAUUUGCACUCUCCCGAGGGUUAGGGUGGAGCCGAGGCCGUCACAUGUUCAAAACAAACGCCUCAUUCCUUCAUACCACACAGCUGAAUGAGGUCCUUCUUGCCAUGACCCUGCGUGCAGUUAGCACUAACCUAUACACAGGCACAUUAUGCAGCCACCACUCGUGCUGCGACACAAAAAUACUAGACCACGUCCUCAUCUUUCCUAUUCCUAUUCCUGUUGUUUUCUGUUUAGCCACUUAUGAUUAUCCUCCCCCUUCCUUAGUUCAAGUCAUAAUUAUUUUUGAAAAACGUGAAAACUGAUAUUACUCUCAAUUUACAAGUGGCACAAAGAGUGAUAGAUUGUAUUAGCUGGUAUUGCACAUUUUGUAAUAUAAGCUUUAGGAAAACAGAAUGGAUUUUAUUUGGUUCAAAAUUUCAACAUUGAAAUUUGCCAGACGUCUGUCGUCUGUUACACAGGUGUGUUUUAAAGGUUCAUUUUAUUAUUCAUUAUUCAUAACCACCUCGACAUCAACCGUUACUAAUCAUUCUGGUGUCCGACCACCUACAACCAUGUAUUUGUGCAUAUAGAAAUAUAUAUAUAUGAUUCAUACACUGUUCUUUUAAAGCAUGACCAAAAUUCAAUCAAAGAAAAGUUCUGCAAAGAAAACACUGGGGACUUCCUGAGGUUCGGGCAUUUGAUUCUUGAAGAGACUGAUCAACAGUGACAACAAACUUGUCAGUGCUGUAUUAGUUGAUCAGCCGUAGCAUUGUUUUAUUCAUAUCCGGUCACAGGACAUUUCCUUUUUACCUCAGACUAGGUGUGGUAUUACAUGAAUGGAAUGACAUGAUAUAUUUUUCAGGUACAGAUGUUUCACGGGAAUGAAACGGAUGAAGUUUGGGUGUGAGACUUCACACGACAGCUCAUCUGUCUUUGGUACGUUCAAGAUGUAUGGAGUGCUUCGAAAUGGCAUUUUUCAAUAGCUGAAAGGUCAAUAGCUAGAUUUUUCAUUAGGGUUCGUCUUCGAGGACACAACGCAGUGUUGCUCACAUGGGCAUAUUUCGUUUUUUGAUUUUGUUUGUAAAAGCGACCUGUGCUUUAGCGGCAAAUUCUCGAACGACAUAGUUUAACUUGCCAUAUUUGAUUUAUUUUGAGUUCUACUCUUGCAUGUUUAUUAAGUUUGUACAGCAGUGUCACAACAAGCUAAUAGUGUCCUGAAAGUGUUCCUAUGUUUUUUGUUGUUCUUCAUUUUGUUUCCUUUAAGUUGUUUCACAGCCAGGAGACACUGAGCCAUUGGAAAGGUCCUUUUUUUAGUCAUAUUGUUAUGAAUAAUCCAGUAAAAACAAAACUAUGAUUUAGUUUUGAAAAAAGCUCUUCCCAUGAAAUAUUAACAACAAAUAACAACUAUCAUAUCCUUUUAGUGUUUGUGCAUCUUGCUCACUUGGCUGAUUUAUCUACCUUGUGCAGUUAUACUCUAACGAUCAAAGGUUUCAGAGCACGUCCAUUUCUGCAGCUGUAUUUUUACAGUUAUUUAAAUUAGUAUUAUUCAAUUUGCCGUUGUUUCCGAAAUUGAAUUGUAGAAGAAAUGAAACAAUUGGAGAUUUUUAAAAGCAAGGAAUCAUGGAUUAUCUUUUAAACAAAAUGUCUUCUGUCUCACUCAUCCCAAACCAGCUCCACAGAGUUUAUUCUUUAGACUGUGCUGCUCUUCCAUCAUUUGAAGCCUCCGAUUAUUUCCUUCUAAUGUUUUGCGCCAUUAUCUUGCUGAAACUUCAAAGUCUGUCUUCCUUUAUAUUUCAGCUUCUUCUCACCACUCUGAUAGCAAUAUACAGCACUAUGAAAUUGACAGGAUUGUUUUAACUAUGGGCAGUUUACCAGUUGCCUUUUUACCAUUUAAGUUUAGUCACCGGACUUGAACUGCUGGAAAUGGGGGUGUGUUCUAGAACCUUUGGCCUGUAGUGCUAUAGUGUUAUUGCGUCAUGUUCAAAAGGAAAAAAUUGCACACUGUGAUGGAGCAAUAUUAGCUCAUUCUUCCUUGCAAAAUUGCUCAGGCUGCAUCAGUGAGGUUACUGCUCGUUGGUGGACAAAAGCGCUGUAGUCUUGUCUCAGAUUUCCAAAGGGAAUAAGGUCAAUAUUCGAAUAUUUGUUCUUAUUGUAAGCCACUCCUGUUACGUUACGGUCUUCACAUAGUUGAUGUAAACUUUCCCCCCCUUUUGUUUUCUAAACUGCACUCAUUUAUUCCGACACCUUUCCUGUCCAUGCUACCAAAAUGUUUGUCCCUUUCUCUGCAAACUCCUCACCAGCUUGACAUGUUUGUAUUUAAAAUGUCUGUACAUCGAAGGUUCAAUACCUACAAUGCCAAGGUGUCCACUUGUUGAACUUCUAGAUGUUAGAAAAGCUCUGCUCGUGUGAUUCUUUCGAUUUCUUUCAGAAGGAAGUUUUGACUCUGCUGUUCUCGGGGGGGGGUCAAGGGGCUGAGGUUAUUUCUGCAGGUUGGACGCUCAGGGUUACGGGGAAAUCAUAAACAUUUUUUAGGUACCACCAUCUUGUGGUAAACAAUAAUGCAUCGUCAAAUGUGUUUCAAAUUUUAAGGUUUUGACCAUUAUUUUAUGUGGUGCUUGAGUCUUUGUAGAUGAAGAGAAAUGCAAUUUAAUCAAGUUCAACAAUCUUGGAGAACCAAAUGUGAAAAGGGACAGAACGAUUUUUCCAGGUACCCAUGUACUGUUUAUGGCCGGAAUUUCUAUUCAAUUUUUUUUCAUAGAUUGAGCACAUGAUGUGACAUUUUAUGUAGCUCUGAUUUUAAUUUCAAAAGGCACAACUCUUUCUUAUGUUUUUAUUUAUAUUUAGAGAUUUCUAAUGAAAUAACAUUUUAAAUGUUUAAACGUGCAUAGUUCUCAGUAGACAAGGAGCCUCCAAAUGUUUGAUUCACAAAUGUUAUAAACAAUGAAAAUAUUGGAUUAUUUAUUUGUACAACUUUUUUUUUCAUUUUCCCUAUAAGAUUUAUAGAACAAAAUAUUCACAGAAGUAAAUGCACACCGCUGCCUCUCAUGUCUCCUUAAUAUGAUAAACUUUUAAUUUAACUUUUGUUUCCAGGUUUUUUACCUCACCUUUCUUGGUUUAUUACUUAUGAGAUCAGUUUUCAUUAAACCGGAUGCAACAUUAUUGCCCUAGUUUAAAGGUUGAGCAGAAUGUAAUUGCAGAAUCAUUGGCAGUUCUUUUCUUUUCUUUUUUAUUUGGACCUACUUCGAUAACUAUAUCUGGGAAUUCAGCAUGUUUCAGUCCAAACUGCCCUUGUGUUAAUCAUCCCAGAGAGUGAGUAUAGGAAACCCACAGCUCUUUUCUUCCGUGUCAUUUCUCCCCAUGUGUGUGAUAACGUCAUAUUUGGUGUAAAUGAUGGCACUUUCUUCCCUGAGCCACUUCACACUCCUCCCGCUGUUUAUGAAGGGAAACCAGUUCAUGAGUUCUCCGUCUAGCUGUAGUCACACAUGCUGGUGCGGUGUGGGAUCAUCUGAAAUGUGUCAGUAUUUAGUUUGUGGAAAUAUUUUGCACAUCAUUUACAAGUUUGACACGUUUUUUUGUUUGUUUUUUGUUUGAUUUUCCCACCCAUAUUUACUUGUGUUUGCAAGGGGAGUAUACUUUGCUGUAGCAGACUUUAUGUAACAGAGGAUAUGUCACUAUAAUAAAUUCUUUUUAUUAAAAAAAAUGUGAUAAACA